CGCGACUUUCCAUCAGGCGGCUUUCUCUGCAUCCGGAAGGAGCCGGGCUGGGCUGGAGAGUCUGUGCAGUGGGUCUGGGGGCCCUGAGGUGGGAGACACGUGGGAGAGAGGCCAAGAGGCGCAGGGGGCCAGGAGGCGGGGCACAGGGCCCGAGGCGUGGGCCUGGGCAGGGGCCAGAAGACAACAGGGAGGUGGGCAGCCCCCGGGGCGGGCGGAGCUCUCCAGCCGUGCAGGCCCUGGGGCUCCGGCCGCUCACUGGUGAAGUCCAGGAGUGGCUGAAAUCCAAGCUGGGGUAACAAAAGGCAGCCGCUGUCCCUAAGCCGGCACAGCUCUGAUCCGCCCUCCCACCCGCCCUCCGCUGCCCGCGGGCCAUGUAAGAACGGCCCCGGGGGCCCCGCAGCCGCUGGUCAGAGGGCAGCGGGUCCAUGACGCCGGCCAGGCCUCCGGGGGACCUCGGGGGCCGUGAGCACGCAGAGAGAGCUUCCCGGGCCCCUCGGGGGCGGGGGGGCGCCGAGGGCCGGCCCCGAAGAUGCCCACCAACGGCCUGCACCAGGUGCUGAAGAUCCAGUUUGGCCUGGUCAACGACACCGACCGCUACCUGACAGCCGAGAGCUUCGGCUUCAAGGUCAACGCCUCGGCACCCAGCCUCAAGCGGAAGCAGAUGUGGGUGCUGGAGCCGGACCCGGGGCAGGGCCCGGCCGUGCUGUUCCGCAGCAGCCACCUGGGCCGCUACCUGUCAGCCGAGGAGGAUGGGCGCGUGGCCUGCGAGGCGGAGCGGCCGGGUCGUGACUGCCGCUUCCUGGUCCUGCCGCAGCCCGACGGGCGCUGGGCGCUGCGGUCGGAGCCCCACGGCCGCUUCUUCGGUGGCACCGAGGACCGGCUGUCCUGCUUCGCCACGGCCAUCUCCCCGGCCGAGCUGUGGACCGUACACCUGGCCAUCCACCCGCAGGCCCACCUGCUGAGCGUCAGCCGCAGGCGCUACGCGCACCUGUGCCCGCAGGAGGACGAGAUGGUGGCGGACAGCGACACGCCGUGGGGCGUGGGCGCGCUCAUCACCCUCAUCUUCCAGAACCGGCAGUACUGCCUCAGGUCCUGUGACAGCCGCUACCUGCGCAGCGACGGCCGCCUCGUGUGGGAGCCCGAGCCCCGAGCCCGCUACACGCUGGAGUUCAAGGCCGGCAAGCUGGCCUUCAAGGACUGUGAUGGCCGCUACCUGGCGCCCGUGGGCCCCACUGCCACGCUCAGGGCGGGUCGCAACACGAGGCCCGGCAAGGACGAGCUCUUCGACCUGGAGGAGAGUCACCCGCAGGUGGUGCUGGUGGCCGCCAACCACCGCUACGUGUCGGUGCGGCAAGGGGUCAACGUCUCAGCCAACCAAGAUGAAGAACUGCAUCAUGAGACCUUCCUGAUGCAAAUUGACCAGGAGACAAAGAAGUGUACCUUCUAUUCCAGCACGGGGGGCUACUGGACCCUGGUCACCCAUGGGGGCAUCCAGGCCACGGCCACACAAGUUUCGGCCAGCACCAUGUUUGAGGUGGAGUGGCGCGGCCGGCGGGUGGCACUCAAGGCUAGCAAUGGGCGCUACGUGUGCAUGAAGAAGAAUGGGCAGCUGGCGGCCACCAGCGAUUUUGUGGGUGAGGACGAGGAGUUCAUUCUCAAGCUCAUCAACCGCCCCAUCCUCGUGCUGCGGGGCCUGGACGGCUUCGUCUGCCACCGUCGUGGCUCCAACCAGCUGGACACCAACCGCUCGGUCUACGACGUCUUCCGCCUGAGCUUCAGCGACGGCGCCUACCACAUCCGAGGCCGUGGCGGCGGCUUCUGGUACACCGGCAGCCACGGCAGCGUGUGCAGCGACGGCGAGCGCGCCGAGGACUUCCUCUUCGAGUUCCGCGAGCGCGGCCGCCUGGCCAUCCGCGCCCGGAGCGGCAAGUACCUGCGCGGCGGCGCCUCGGGGCUGCUGCGCGCGGACGCGGACGCUCCCGCCGGGGUCGCGCUCUGGGAGUACUGAGCGGGCGGCCGGCCUGUCCCCCAUUAAACCGUGUCUGUGUCGCA